AGCAGUCGACUGUUCCGUACAAUUGAUGAAGCUAGGAAGCACGAAGCUGCAGCUCAGCUGAUCACAAAGCAGUAAAACUGGCAACUGGGCUUCAUCAUCGCCUUAGAAAAAUGGCAAGAAUCCGAAGCCUGAGGAGAGCUACCCCCUUCAUAUUGACUUUCUUCAUAGCCCUCUUCGUUUUGGGUGUUUUUGCUCCUCUGCCGUCCAGUUCUCAUCAUUCUUCCCAAUUUCACUUGGAUAAUGGACACACACAUAAGUUUGAGAUUGCAGAGGACAUGUUUUGGAGAGAUGGGGAGCCGCUUAGGAUAAUUGGAGGAGACUUGCAUUAUUUCCGAGUGCAUCCUGAGUAUUGGAGAGAUCGACUGCUGAGAGCAAAGGCAUUGGGAUUGAACGCGAUUCAAACUUAUGUUCCCUGGAACUUACAUGAGCCAAAACAAGGCCAUCUGGUAUUUGAGGGCAUUGCAGACAUAAUUUCAUUUCUCGAGCUAUGCAAGGAAUUGGAUUUAUUGGUUAUGCUGCGUCCUGGGCCCUAUAUCUGUGGCGAGUGGGAUUUGGGUGGCUUCCCUGCAUGGUUGCUUGCUGAGGAGCCUCCUAUUAGAUUAAGAUCAUCCGACCCUGCCUACCUUGGAUUGGUUGAGAAGUGGUGGGGAAUCCUACUUCCAAAAGUGUCUCCGCUUCUUUACAGCAAUGGUGGUCCGAUUGUAAUGGUCCAGAUUGAAAAUGAAUUUGGUUCUUAUGGAGACGACAAAGCUUACUUGCAUUAUCUGGUCAAACUAGCUAGGAGACACCUUGGAGAUGAUAUAAUACUGUAUACUACUGAUGGUGGUGAAAGGGUAAAUCUGGAGAAAGGAACAAUUCGAGGAGAUGCUGUUUUCUCAGCGGUUGACUUCACCACCGGAGACAACCCAUGGCCAAAAUUCAAGCUGCAGAAAGAGUUCAAUGCACCGGGGAAAUCGCCUCCUCUGUCAUCGGAGUUCUAUACUGGUUGGCUUACACACUGGGGGGAGACUAUUGCAACCACGGGUGCAGUGUUUACUGCUGCCUGCUUGGACAAGAUUUUGGCAAAGAAUGGAUCCGCUGUUCUCUAUAUGGCGCAUGGUGGGACGAACUUUGGAUUCUAUAAUGGUGCUAACACUGGAGAUGAUGAGUCGGCCUACAAGCCAGAUCUUACAUCCUAUGAUUACGAUGCACCAAUAAGUGAAUCGGGUGAUGUGGACAAUGCAAAGUACAAAGCUUUGAGAAGUGUCAUCGCAAAAUAUAGCCCUCAGCCUCUUGCUUCCGUCCCUUCCAACAAUGAUAAGGUAGCUUAUGGGCGUAUCAAGCUACAUAAAAGCUCGUUUUUGUAUGACACAACCAGGAUGACAGACCUUGCUGAUGCCGUAGAGUCUGAGAACCCGGUUUCAAUGGAAGCUAUUGGACAGAUGUUUGGCUUCGUGUCAUAUUCCUCAUACUACACUCCACAAGGCAAUGGAAGUGUGUUAUCAAUACCAAAGGUGCAUGAUAGAGCUCAAGUGAUUAUUUCCUGUGCUGAAGAUAGUGGGAGACGGCCAACGUACGUUGGUGUCAUCACAAGAUGGUCAAAUAAACCCAUUCCUCUACCUUCCUUAACAUGUGAAUCGAAAAAUCAACUGUUUAUCUUGGUUGAAAACAUGGGUCGCUUGAAUUAUGGGACGUACAUAUUCGACAGAAAGGGCAUUUUGUCUCCCGUAUAUCUGGAUGGAAGGCCUCUGCAUAAUUGGACAAUGCUUCCCAUUUCUCUUGAAAAUGUCAAUGAAGCCAGAGAUAUCAACCCCAUCAUUCACGAUCCAAUGACUCGGAAACGGUUAAAAGGCCAGAAGAAGCUUGAUCCGGAGCCAGCAUUUUACAGCGGUUGCUUCAACAUCACCAAAGUUGCAGACACAUACAUAUCAUUUAGGGGGUGGAGUAAAGGAAUCGCUUUCGUGAAUAAGAUCAACAUUGGGCGUUUUUGGCCGAGUGUUGGACCGCAAUGCAAUCUUUAUGUUCCAGCUCCAAUUCUUCGGCAAGGAGAAAACAUUGUGGUUGUCUUGGAGCUGGAGUCGCCAAAGCUUGAUCUCUCCGUGAGCUUCGUCGACUACCCAGAUUUCACUUGUGGUGCUCAAACACGUUCAAAACCGAGAGGAAAUCGUGUGCUUGCCUCGUGAGAGAGAGAUAGAAUUGAGAUCUCUUGUGUGUUUUUCUGUAUAUACUCUGUUUGACAGGGUGAAGAGAGAUUUUCUAUCUUAAUCGAAGCUACUGAAAGAUAAUGUAAUCAAAUCAAAGGUAAAACCUUUUAGUCUUUCAUAUUACCACUACUCUUCAACUA